AGGCAUCUUUUCUGAUUCCCGUUCACUACUGUCACUACCCGAUCCGUACAGGAAGCACGAUCCGUACAAUCAGCUCAUUUGCGCAUGCGCGAACAUAUUAACUUCCGGUUUGCAAUAUUUCGUUUUUCUUACUUUUUUAUUCUUUCGUAUUUUUUUGAAGCGGGGGUUUCUUUUAGUAUAUCUUUGUAUUUGCGUCAAUAUUGCAGAUUCUAAAAAAUUAAAAACAUUAAAAAAGUGAAAUCGCCUUUUGUUACUUUGACUGCUCUGAGCAUGCGUAAAUAUACGUCACACAGCUUAUACAUUUAAAUUUGUUUAAAUAUUUGAUUUACUCCAUACUUAACUAUGCACUCCAGCAGUACUGAUUCCAAAAUGGAUUCAUUUGCUAUCUUUCGUCACCUGCAGUUUUUUAUUGAUAAGGGAACAUUUCACAAAGAUUUGGAUUGUUAUUCCAGAAGAAAAAUAAAAAGGAUGUCUUCACAUUUUCAAGUUAAAGGUAAGAAAAUUAAAAAAGUAAAAGUAAAAAGCAAAGUAAAUUUAACUUUAAUUAACUAGCCAGAAAAAAAUAUUUAUUAUAUAUUUAUUUGGUUUAUAAGUCAAUUCAAUGUUUAAAUAAGAAUGAUACGAUUUGUUUUGUCCCUUGGAAAGCAGUCUUUCAAUUUUAAAUCCAAUCUAGAAUAUAUUUCACGUUUAAGUUAAUUAUGUUCUUGUUUCAUUCACUUUUUAUUCUGGCAAGCAGAAUAUCUUGUAUGCUUUUUGGGUUACUGCACUUACUCUGGGAUGCACAAAAAUUACUGUAUGCUUUAAAUUUUAUGUUUUUGCAUGAAAAAAUACACCCAUAUGUUUUAUUUAUACUGUUUUCAUAUCAUUCCAUCCAACCAUUCUUCUAACAGACAGCAGACUCUUCUACGUUGGUCCCAGCCGGCAGUUCAUGCGGCUUGUGGUACUUUCUGAGAAAGAAAGAACAUCUGUCUUGAUGGAGUGCCACAAUAAUCCUGGUACUGGCAACCACAAUGGCAGGAGGGCCACUCGAGACAGGGUUAUUGCUGGGUAUUAUUGGCUCACCAUCACAAAGGAUGUAAAUGACUGGGUCAAGCGUUGUCACCGCUGCUAAAUAAAUGAUCCUAUGAAGACCGUAGCACCGGUUCUACAUUCAAUCAAGGUCAAAGAACCCUGGGAGGUUCUGGGAUUGGACCUGAUUGGGCCAUUGCCAGAGACCUCUCUGGGACACAACUAUGUCCUCACUAUGACUGAUCUGUACACAAAGUGGGUGGUUGCUGAACCUCUACGAACAAAGACCGCCGCAGAAGUUUGUUCAGCAAUCAUUACUAAGUUGUACACGUUUGGCUUAGUGAGAAAAAUAAUAACAGAUCAGGGGAAGGAGUUUGUGAACCAGCUCAAUGACAGUAUCUUUAAACUGUUGAACAUCCAGCAUGCUGUGUCAAGUGCAUACCACCCCCAGACCAAUGGACAGGAUGAAAGGACAAAUCAAAAUAUAAAGCGUGCUCUGAGGAAGUACGUCAACGAAAGCCAUAAUGACUGGGACCUCCACCUUCCUGCAGUUGUUUAUGGAAUUAACACUGCCAAGCAGUCUUCAACCAAAUACACCCCAUACUUCCUCUUGUUCCACCGCCACCCACGUCUGCCUGAGAUUAUGAAUUCCUGUCCAAUGGGAGACAACUUUGAGGUUGGCGAUGCAGAGGAUGAAAUCAAUAAACAGCUGACUGAAAUGCAAAACCUUAAUACCAAGGUUCUUCAAAAUAUUGAACGGGCACAGGAAAGACAGCAGAGGACCUUUGGAGACCGGAAACGCAAAUUUACCCGUGUCACAACUGUUGAGGCUGGGGACGAAUGCCUGAUUUCAGGGGCUUCAAAAAGGCCACGUACAGGGGACACAUUGACCAGCCAGCACAGAGGACCUUACAUGAUUAGAAACAUUACAAAAAAAGGAGUGGCCACAGUGCUGAAGGGAUCAACAACCAUGAAGGUCAAUGUGUCCAGACUGAGGCCCUAUUAUAGGUUAACAAAUGAGCAACUAUCUGAAGGGCAGCUUCUAAAGGACCAUGAAUACUCCUCAAGGGACUGGCAGCUGGAGCAUUCCUAUUGUUCUUCUGGAGCAAAGUGGGAACAGGAUGUGAACCCAGUUCAAGAGGCUCUUCUAUGUUACAUAUUGGACCAGGAUCGUUCACCUGCUGAGCUAAUUGUGAAGGAGGGAAGUGUGUGCCUUACACGUGAGGAUUUCUGGUCCUUGGGGUUAAGUCAGUGCAUGGAAUCAAACAUUGGAAAUGCUUGCCUGAAAAUAGUAGAGGAAACGGCAAAAAGAUUUGGAAGAGAAAUACACAUCUUUAAUCUGUAUGUGGUGCCCCUGUGGAAGUCAGAAGAUGUGGAUCCUUUCUGUUCCUUGCCUGACCUGACAACGAAAGACCUUGUAGUUUUCCCAGCAUGGAGCCAACAACAGGGCGCUGCUGAUCACUACCUCCUCUGCGUUCUACUGGUAAAACAGAGAGAGAUAGUGUUUCUUGACUCCCUUCGACCAGAUGGUUUUGGUGACGAGGCCUACAAAAAUAUAUUUAGACGCAUUGCAGCUUUUAUUGAUCCAGGGCCAUGGUCUGAGAAGACAGGGGGAGACCUUGAACAUUUUCCUCUUCAGUCCAACGGACAUGACUGUGGGAUCUUCAUGCUAAUGUAUGCCCUCUGCAUCAGCACAUCAACCCCAUUUACCUUUUCCCAGGGGGAGAUGCCAACCAUUCGCCGUUGGUGGUGCCUCCAGAUAAUGGAGAGGUUUUGCAUUGAAGGGCAUGGACAUCGAUUUGCUCACUGGACAGAAGAAUCCUCCCAUCUUCUUGAAGGAAUCCUGGAACCGGUCUUCAGGGUUCCAAAGUCCACCAGUGCAGAGACUUCCCCCAGAAAUGGUGAUGGUGGAGAGGGCAAUGCGAAGGGACAAACACAGAUCCUGAGGGACUUGCAUAAAGCAUGGGACUGGAUACAACAGCACAAAGCCUUAUUCCGUGGGGAAAUAGAAGAACCUGAAGUGUUCCAGAUGAGCAAGCCCAGGCAGAAAAUGGCCCUUGAAGGAUACAGUUCUGCAAAGGAUCCCUUCUUAAUUUCCUUCCAGUAUCAGGAUGACAUGGAAAUGUUUUAUAUCAACUGUGUUGAUGUAAAGGGGCUAAAGGUCAAUACCAUGUUUGGCGAGCAUAGUUCUUAGAAUGUUUGUACAGUCAGUUCUUAAUAAGUUUUAAAGGUUUUCUUUCUCUCUCUGAAUUAUUUUUCCCCUGCUCAACUUUUCUAACUACCAUUUUGUAUUAAUGUAAACUUUGGUUUUGUUAUGUGUUCUUUGUUCUAUUACGGUUUUUGUAAAAAAUAAACAAUGUGGGCACUAAUGACGAGGUCU